AUGGCGGACGAUGACAAGACGACGUCGGCUUGGUACAAGGUACCAACCUGGGAUGGCAGCCCUGUGACGUGGAGGGCCUUCCGGAAAGAGAUGUCAUGGUGGGUCUCUUCUCUAGACCUGGAAAGCACGAGGAAGUACAACCUGGCGGCGCGAUGGCUGCUCCGACAGUCGGGGAUCGUACGCCAGAGAGGGGAAGAGUUCUCACCGGAGGACCUUACCUACCAGAAGGAGGUGAGAGCAAAGGACCCCGAAGGGGUCGAGAUCAUCGUGACCCCGGAGGACCUGUUGGCCGGCUUGAACAAGCUGCUCAAGGCGCUGGAGGGCAUGAAUGGAACCAGCGCUUUGGAUAAGAAGGGCGAGUUGCGCAAGCUCUUUUACAACGACUUGAUGCGGAAGCCAGGGGAGAGGCCGGCUGAUUUCCUUUCCCGGUUUCGCUUCUUGGCUGCCGAGCUGAAGAGCGAGGGCAUCGAAUUACCUUCUUCAGAGCUUGGGUGGUUUCUUCGUGAGAAACUGGGCUUGGAUCCCUUGAGGAAGCAGUUGUUGGAGACAGCCUUGCAGGGCAAAGAACGCUUUGAGGACGUCGAGUCGGAGGCCUUGCGCUUGUUCAAGGACCUCCAUGCCGCGGAUCCCUUGAUGAGACGGCUGGGUCCUCCUGAUAAGGGCCGGGGCCGCCCUUUUGGUGGCUACUCCUCUUCUUCGUCUACGGCGUCUUCCGUGUACCGCGGGGCUAGCACGGGAUCGGUGCUGAGCCGGGCCCCCAGCGGGGGAGCUUCAUCUGCGAAAGGUGGUGGCAAGCCUGGCUCCUUUGUUCCUCGUCGGCCUUUCCUUGGGCAGCGGACUCGGCAGGCUUAUGCGGCCGAGCAGCUUGGCGAGGAUGACGGGGAGACGCAAGAGGACCAUGAUGAAGAAGAGCUUGUCCCGGAGGAGGACGGCAACGGCUUCUCCCUGGAUGAGGUGCUCGAGGCCGAGGCUGAGGCUUUGGCAACGGAGCUCGAGCAGGCCGAGGCGGAAGGGCUGGAGCCACAGAUGUUGGAGCAAGUGGAAGGCACGGUUGAGAGUGCGGCCGAAGCCUUGCUAACGAUGAGAGAGGCGCGCCAUAAGCUGCAGGAGGUACGCAAGGACCGGGGCUUUGGCAAGGCAUCGUCGGCGCCUUCUUCGCCGCAGUCGCCGAGCAGGCCGGGCUUCAAGAAACGUGGAGUUUGUCAUGAUUGCGGCCAGCCGGGACAUUGGGCAGGCGACCAAGGGUGCCCGAAGCCUGGGGCUGGCCUUGCAAGGCCCAAGCCUUCGUCGAGAACGGGGGGCGCAACAAUGGGAUCCUCUCCGCAGCGCCGGGUGCAGCUGGCUGAGACUUUCUCCGCCGAGGCGACCCAGGAGACGGCCGAGCCAGACCAGUACCACGAGACGGCUGUUGUGACGAAUGUGGGGUCGUUUGCGGAAGCACUUGAGGCCAGCCAGCCGCACGAGGUUCAGAGCGCAAUGGCGGUGGAUAAAAGACUUGUGGGUGCGCUCGACAGCGCUUGCAACCGUACGGUGUGUGGGCGGUUCUGGCUGGAGGGCUACCUGCAAGCACUCUCUAACUCUCCCUUGUGGCAGGCGCUGCAGCCCCUUGUGAAGACCGAGCCCGAGAGAGAGAACUUCAAGUUCGGCAACGACGGGGUGAAGGCAAGCUAUUCCCGGCAUCGCCUUCCUAUGGUUGUGGGGCAGUCAUGUGUGCUAGUCUGGACAAGCGUUGUCGAGGUGGAAUCGCUGGGACUUCUUCUCGGCAGAGACUUCCUCGAGGCCGUCGGUGGGGUGAUCAGUUUUACCCGUCGGGCUUUGCGAGCAGAUCACCUGGAUGGUUCCCGUAUCCCUCUCCGGCAACUCUCGGCAGGUCACUUCUUCCUUGACGUGUUCCCGCGGGCCUGGGGUUCGACUACCAGACCUUGGCGCCGCGAAGGCCAGGACGGGAUCCUUGAAGUGCAGAUCAGUGGUGCUGAGUGGAGCCUCCGUCGUGCUGCUGCAGUCAAGGGUGUGCCUGUGAAGGGUCGUGAGCAUGAACAGUUGGUCGUUGAGCCGGCAAGGGAAACGCAUGAUGGCCACAGCGGUUCAAAAUCUUCAAAUUCGAUGGUCCACUCUGAGGUGCCUGUGUUUUCUCGCGGUACCAAUGGACUCCGGAAGGGCAGUGCGAGUGGUCGCAAGGUUUCGAAGGAUGUGCCUGCGCCUCCUCGAAAGAAACGUGUGGCACUUCGCUGGGCUUCUGCUCUGGUUGCUGCAGCGGCCGUUGCUGCGCUACCUGAGCAAGCCGAAGCUAUGGUUCGCAGUGGGGGCCUGUCGCGGCGGCACUUCCGUGCGGCUGCCCUCCAGAACAAGUUCGAGGACCUGGGCUUGCUCAAGGAUCCGAUGUUGGAUGGAAUGCUGGCAGCCCGCCACACCAAAGGAGUUCGAGCCGCCAUACAUGGUCAGUUGGUGGAGAAACUGAAGAAGGAGGCAGCCGAAAAGAAAACGCGCGAGGAGCAGUUGACGGCUGCUCGGGCCUUGUUGGGGCCCAAAGGAGGCCUCCCUACCUUAAAGCAAGACCUCAUCAGGCUGGCCACCUUGUUGCACGUGGAGGUGAGCGCGCAGGACACAGUGGAAAAGCUCAAGAACAAAUUGCGGCCGACCCUCGAUGCUCUCAAGGGCAUACCUCUUCAGGCGGCGCCUCCCACUACAUCAACGACGACGCCGGCGGCAUCUUCGGCGGGACUACCUCAACCUCCGGGCGCUCCUCAAGGGCAUCUGCACUUGGAGAUUGGGCCAAGGACAGCCGGGCCUAUGGAACCGCCGGCCGUGAACCAGGCCGACCUGCUGCAACAAGUAAGCUCCAUGAUGGAGGCACGAUUGGAUGCUCGGGAUCAUCGCCUGGAGUCGCUGCUCCACCAGACCAUGCAGCAUGUGAUGGCGAUGGCCAACAGCGGCAGCCAGCCGUCGGAUGGGGCCGGUGGCCUAUCUCCGGACAGCGACAUGGGCUUCCAACAGGCCUGGAAUAAGUGCAAGUAUGACCGCAAGCUCGUGAAGGCUAGCCCGCAAAACAUCUACGAGGCCUUUGCCGUGAUGCGGGACCAGAUCUAUGACGAGGCCCUCCACGAGCCCUUCCUCCACAUGCAGUAUGUGCCCCGACCUGGUGACCGUCACCCCUUGGUGGCUGACCUGUGCAAGUUGGCGACGGCACGAGGCCAUGCUGUUGGGCGGCAACCGGAUGCUACGCUUCCUUACUUCUUGAUGCUUCGUGCUCCCGGCCGUUCGCCUUUCUUGAAUUACUCGAGAGGCCAAGCCAGACUCGCCGCUGAAAAGAAAAUUUUGGAUGCCGAGGCUUCUGUGAUGCAAUCGGCUCUCGCCCACCGGCGGUCUGGCCGGCACUUCUUCUUGGAGCUUCUUCGUGGAGCUGACCCCCACCGAACGCCGGAGGGCCGGGAGUUGAUGGAUGAGCCGGGUGUUUUCGAUUUCUCUUUGAAUGGACGGCGCUAUGUGACCUCAAGCCGGGCUGUGGCAGAGGCGUUUCGGCGAACCUCCGGCGGGAACCUGGCGGAGGAACUGCUGGAUGCUAUGCAGCUUCAGUUUGACGAGGACCAUGGCCCUGAGAUUGUGACGGAGACCUUGGCGGCGGAGACCGGCGCCGAGGAGGACGAGCUUCUUGAAGGCUUGGGGGGCAUGGCGGAGUCCGAUGAUGAGGACUUAGAGCAAGGCCGGGACCCGGGCACCGAAAUUCCCAUUCCGACCGCUGUGAGGCAGGCUGUGCGUCGGCUGCACGAGAACACGGGCCACCGGAGUCCUUUGAGACUGGCUCGGGCGCUUGUGAUUGCAGGAGCGCCACCUGAAGCGGUGAUAGCGGCAAAGCAGCUGAGGUGCAGUGUGUGCGAAGAACGGCGGCCACCAAAAGCCCGUCGACCUGCUUCUCUUCCGGGCCCUCGGGAGCCGGGGGAACAAAUCGCCUUGGACAUUUUCGAUGCCUUCGAUGCGGCGGGCUCCCGGUACUCGAUCUUGCAUGCUGUGGACGGGGCCACGAAGUUCCAAAUGGCCGUGCUGGUGGAGAACAAGUCGAGUGCAGAGGUGAUCAAGUUCCUGCGUGAGCGCUGGGCACCGAUCUUUGGGAUGCCUAAGACCUUGGUGUGUGACCAGGGCCGGGAGUUCAUAAGCAUCGAGCUGGAGGACUUCGCCAGCCAGAACAACGUCUUCGUGUACCACAUUGCUGUGCAAGCUCCCUGGCAAAACGGUCUGUGUGAGCGAGUUGGAGGGCUGUUGAAAGCCUUGCUUGGAGCCUGUGCCGCGGCCCAGUCGCUUAUGGGCUUCGAGGAAAUGUCCUUGGGCCUGGGGGAAGCUGUGCAGGCCUACAACAUGGAUGUGGGAGACAGUGGCUUCUCUCCGAUGCAGGCGGCGGUUGGCCGUCAACCUUUACCUCCUGGUGAUGCUCUGGCUGAGGGCCGCUUGGGCGAGAUCGAGGCGAUGGGCCAGCCGACUUUUGCCCGUCUGGUCGCGGUUCGCGAAACAGCUCGCAUGGCUAUGCUUCGGCUUCACUUUAGCCGUGCGCUCCGGCGGGCCGAGCUGACGAGAUCGAGGAACCCAACGGUGGCCGAUGAUCGUCGAAAGCUCUUGUUGAAGCGGUGGCAUGGACCUGCGCUCUUGGUUGCCUACGAAGGGAAUGGGAGCUUGUGGUUCCAAAUGGUGGUGGCGACGAAGAACAACCUGCGGGAGAAGGACAAGGCCCUGGACUCCUACCUUCAGAACCACCUGCAGUUUCAGCUUCUCCUGGGGGCGGCGAACCGAGUGGUGGAUUUCCGUGUUCAGCGGCUAUGCAAAGAGCUCGUGACCAACGUGGCCGUGAUCUACCUCCUGUCUCUCCCGGAACCCACGGGCACCAAGCGGCCGGCCGAAGUGGAAGCCGAAACUCUUAGGAGCCAAGGGAGCGAGCAAGUUCCUUUUGAUGCUUUGGUGCUAGAGAAGGAGGUGGUGCUCAAGGCGGCGCAAGCUCGAGAAGGCGAAGUUCAUCCUCUGGUGAAGUUGCAGGCGCAAGUUGCUAUGGAUAAGGCAUCGGGCGAGGACCUUGACGUGCCCGACCAUGGCACGUGGGAUGGCAGGUGGCCCCUGCCAAGUCGUACCCAGUACGAGGCCUUUGUGAAGGCCGGUUUGAAGUGGCCUACGGGACGCGAGGCCCUGACGGCCCAGGCCGCACGCAAGGAGUACCAUUGGCGCUCCAUGACGGAAGAGCAGAAAGCAGCUUUUCGUGUGGCGUCGGAGGAGGCCUGGAAUGUUUGGGUGCGCAACGAUGCCAUAGAGACCUUAUCCGAAGAGGAGACCGCCAAGACCAUCGCCACUUUGAAGCAAAGGGGAGAGAUGCACAAAAUCCUCACGCCCAGGUUCGUGUACGUGGACAAGAACGAAAGCUUGAGGACAGUCUCGAACGAGCUCCCUUUAAAGGCCAGUGCUCGCCUCGUUGUGCCGGGGUACAAAGAUGUUACGGCCUUUGACCUUCGGAAGGAUGCUCCGACAGCUUCAAGGACCUCCCAGCACCUCCUCUUCACCCUGGGGUCGAGUAACUUCAAGAAGGGGUGGCGCACCGGGACAGCUGAUGUGAAAAGCGCCUUCUUGAAGGGCGAGCGGUACCUAGAUGGUCGCAUCGUGAAGGGCGUCUUUGGCCUCAGUGAUGCACCUCGUGAGUGGUACUUGAGGCUGAAGAAGAGUGUCAAGAAAGAGCGGUGGGUGCAAUCCACCAUGGACGCUGCAACCUUCUUCUUGUGGUCUAAGGGACCCCAGCCGGAGCUCAUCGGCAUGAUGUGCUGUCACGUGGACGAUCUGCUGAUCAGUGGCAAUGCCGAGGACAGCUUCGUCUACUGCGGCAAGAAGGUGGACCAGGACUUGAACACUGGCGUGAUCAGUGUUUCGAUGGAGGCCUAUGUGGACAACCUGGUUCCGAUUCGGGUGGCAGCGAGCCGCCGUCGGGACAUGGAAGCAAGCCUCACUCCUGGCGAAAUGAAGCAGCUUCGAGCCUUGGUUGGGUCGCUGCAGUGGUUGGUGGCGCAAGUUCGAGCCGACAUGGGCUACCACUUGAGUGUGCUGCAGUCUGAAUCCCCCACGGUUGGCACCAUGCUGAAGGCCAACGUCCUGGUGAAGGAGUUCAAGGCUACCAAGGACUUCAUGCUGAAGUUCAGGCCCAUGGACCUGCUGGGCGCCGGCAUCGUUGUGGUUUCGGACGCCUCCUUGGGCAACGUUACUCGUGGUGGAGCUGUGGGUGACAAGCCUCUUGAGAGGGUUUACUCUCAGUCGUGCUACUGUGUGUUGCUGGCAGAGCGCUCCCUGCUCUCUGGCGACGUCGGGAAGUUCACCUUGCUGGACUACCGCAGCCACCGCUUGCAACGCGUUUGCCGGAGCACCUUCGCAGCAGAGUUGCUUGGAGUUGAAGAAGGGUUCGACGUGGGGCAGUACUGUCGUGGCCAUUGGGCGGAAGCUUUGGGCUAUGACUUAGCCCAUAAAGGCGUGGACUGCAUCCUGGACACCGUGGGGCUUGUCGUCGUCACGGACGCCAAGGACACCUUUGACAAGGGGAACAGCGACACGCCUUCUUACGGAAGCCAGAAGUCCCUGGCGUUCAGCAUUGCUUGGCUUCGUGGAAUGCUCGGAAAGCCUAAUGUUUCCUUGCGUUGGACCGAGACCAGCAACAUGUUUGUGGACGCCGGCACAAAGGACAUGUGCGGAUCUCACAUGCGGGAUACCCUGGCGGCUGGUGAGUGGAGCUUUCGCUACAAUGUGAAGUUCGUAAAGCAAACGAUCAAGGCGAAGCCCAAAGUGCGCCCCGGACCGGAGGUAGUGAGCGGAGAGGAAGUAGGCCCAACGGACCCUGUUCUCGGGUUUCUGCAAGGGCUUGCCACCAAACGUGGCUGGCACCGCCGGGAUGGCUUGGUCAUCCAAGUGGCUCACGGGGCCAAGAGCUACAGGAGCCCCGAGCCGAGAUUUGAUGCUGAAAUGUAUCCUGUUCGAACGUCCUAUGCUCUCUUUCAUGAUCAGCAGGGUCGUGGGAGCUGGCGCAUCCUUGAAAGGGAUGUGCGUUAUGGUCGCUUUUUGCGAUCUCUGGACAGAGAAGCAGCGGUUCUGAUCACGGUGUUCAAGACCCCAAAAGAAGAGAAGAUCAAUGUGGAACCGUAG